GCAGCAGCAUCGCGAGCUCUUCGGAAUGCUAGGCUAAUAACAACAAACCCCAAAUGCUAAGGCUUUGUAGUUACUUUGAUAAAAGUUGACGUUAUUACGAUUGUUCUAGUUUAUUCUUCCUACUAAAUGUGCGUUUAAGAGGAAAAAAUGAAUUAGAAUGAAAUGGCAACGAGUGUCGGCGCAGUUUUCCGAGUUUGGCCGACUUUGUUGAGUCAGCUAACGGCCUAGCUAGCGGGCUAACUGACGCUCGAACCCUCGGCUUUACCUGUCAGUGACACCUGGACCUGUUAUGAAAGAAUAUAAGAUAAUAUAAAGAAUGGUCUGAAGCGAUGCUCUGUUAGUAGACUGUCAAGUUAGACAGCCGCCUCUAGUUAAAACCAAGCUGGGCUGCUAGAAUGAGUUGGUUCAACGCUUCUCAUCUGUCCAGCUUUGCUAAGCAGGCUCUCAGCAGCGCCCAGAAGUCCAUCGACCGGGUGCUGGACAUUAAAGAAGGGGAUGAGUGGGAAGAAACCGUAACCCCUACUGUUGUGGAUGAACCAAGCAAGCCCGCAUCCACAGGAUGGGGGAUGAACCAGUGGGAUUCGGCUUCAGAAGAACGCCCGACGACCCUGACGCCUACCUCCGAGGCGAUCACCAAGCCAGUCACUCGUGCUGUGGUUGACGAAACUGAGAGUUUCUUCAGUUCCUUUCUGCCUCCUGGAGAUGUACAGCCAGUCAAGAAGACUCCAGUGGUCUCUGUGGCACCGACGAAAUCCUACCGGCGACCACAAGACAAAGCUGAAAAGGAUGAAAAGCCUCCUGACAAGGAUGAAGUAGACUUUUCCGAGGCAGACCAGGACGAACCGGUAGACAGCAAACCUGCAGAGGUAAAGCCAAAAGAACAAGCCGGUGUAUCUCAGCAUCCUGAACCUGUUCCUGAACCUCAGACACCGGAAACUGAGUCUCAGGGCACGGCGUUAAACCUACAAGUUGAAGAAGUGCAAACACCUUCGCCCACAGAGGGAGACGCUUUGGAGGCUGCCGAGAACUCUGGCCUUUCAGAGCCCAAGAGUCCAACCAAGGACCCCCCUAAAGACACAGUACUUGAUUCCAAAGAUCCUAAAUCAGAAGACAGGCAGAGCAACACACCAUCUCCCCCUGUGAGUGCUUUCUCCUCUGGUACCUCCACCACCAGUGACAUCGAGGUGCUCGACCACGAGAGUGUCAUAAGCGAGAGUUCAGCUAGCUCUAGGCAGGAGACUGCCGAAGCUAAAGCGGGUCUGCACCUCAUGCAAGGCUCCUUCCAGCUCCUCUCGGCCUCGGCUUGUGCAGAUUUCCCGCGCUUGGACGACUACUCAAAGCUAACGGAGAGCUGCGGAUCGUCGUCGGAUGCUUUCGAGCGCAUCGACUCAUUUAGCGUGCAUUCGCUGGACAGUCGCAGUGUCAGCGAGGUCAACUCGGACGAUGAGAACCCUGGAAAUCGCACCCUGGCAUCGGUCAUCGCCGGACCGAGUCCCAUUCCAGCGCUUCCGGCUCUGCCGACCAAUCAGGAGCCAAAAGAGGUGGAAGCGGGGAUGACGGACUCGAUAAAGGACCAGUCAGUGGACGAGAUGGAGGAAAGUGGGCGCAGUGCUACGCCAGUGAACUCCGAACAGCCCGAUGAGCUGCAGGAAGAAGAACAGGAAUCCAGUUCGCUUCUCACCUCGUCCAGAUCUGAGCCGGAUGAGUCCCGUGACUCAAUGAUGUCGCCUAUAACCGAGGAGCAAAAAGGAGCCUCUACAUUCCAGAUCCUGGAACCACAAAAGAUUGCCGAUGACCUCUCAAGCAGAUUAGAGAAAAGAGAAGCUCAGCUGCUGGCUAUAAGCAAGGACAAGGCUCGUCUAGAGGAGGAGUAUGAUAACCUCAAAGAUGAGAUGAUCAGUCUAAAGGAGGAGAGUUCCAGUGUGCAGUCGCUUAAAGAUGAGUUCACACAGCGCAUCGCCGAUGCCGAGAGGAAAGCCCAGCUCGCCUGCAAAGAGCGGGACAUCGCCAAGAAGGAAAUUAAGGGCCUCAGGGAGGAUUUGGCGACCCGAUUUAACUCCAGCGAAACUCUGGAAUUGAUUAAAGAAAAGGAGGAACAGAUAAAGGGCCUUCUAGAGGAGGGUGAGAAGCUCUCCAAGCAGCAGCUACAGCACUCCAACAUCAUCAAGAAACUGAGGGCUAAAGAAAAGGAGAGCGACACGAAGAUUACCAAGCAGUCCAAAAAACUCAAGGAGCAAGAGGACGAGCUCAAACAGCUGCAGCAGGUUCUAGAUGGGAAGGAGGAGGUGGAAAAGCAGCACAGAGAGAGCAUCAAGAAGUUGAACUCUGCUGUGGAGUGUCAGGACAAAGAGCUGAGCCAGUUGCAGACUGAAAAUGAAGAACUGCAAGAAAAGAACCGGAGCCUGCAAGCCGCCCUGGAUUCAUCUUAUAAGGAGCUUGCAGAGCUGCACAAGGCCAAUGCCACCAGGGCCAGCGAGGCACAGGAACUGGCUCUGAGCCACGAAAUAAAGGCUAGGGAGGAACUCAGCCUGGCAUUGGAGAAAGUCCAGGAGGAGGCCUGUCUGCAGCAGGAGGCUCUAGCUAAUCAGGUGGUAGACUUGAGGUCGGCUCUGCAAAGAGCUGAGCAGCAGCAGGCCAGGAAGGAGGAUUACCUACGAGAAGAGAUCAGUGAGCUUCAGCAGCGGUUGCAGGCGGCAGAAACCAGGAACCAGGAGUCGAGUCAGAGCGUUACCUCCACGACGAGGCCCCUUCUGCGGCAGAUCGAAAACCUGCAGGCCAACCUGGGUGCCCAGACAACGUCAUGGGAAAAACUGGAGAAAAGCAUCUCUGACCGUUUAGCCGAGGCCCAGGCCCAGCUGGCCGUCGCGGUGGAGAAGGAGCGCUCGGCAGCGGAGGAGCUGAACGCCAUCAGGGCUCAGCUGGCUUCUCUGGAGUCCCAGAACUCCUCGCUCAGACAGGAGAAGGGGCGGCUGCAGGGUCAGCUGGAUGCGGAGAAGACGCGACGUGAGAAUCUGGAGAACGACAGCAGCAGGGAGCACGUCGAACUGGAGAAUCUGAAAGGCGAGUACGCCCGAGCUUCUGAGGAGGCCAAGAAGGAGAAGCUGCUGCUUACGAACCAGCUCGAGAUGGAGAAGAUGAAGGUGGAGCAGGAGAAGAAGAAAUGCUAUCUUGCACAGGAGGCCCUGAAGGAAAAGGAGCAGAGAGCGGCGAGCGCAUCAGUCCGUGAGACUCUUGCGUCCUCCACUCCAUCACUCUCUCGCUCCAGUUCCAUCAGCGGGGCGGACCACAGCGGCCUGCACACUUCUCUACUCUCACAGGAGGAGUCUUUGGAUCACUCGUUCGGCACGAUGACCAUCAGUGGGAGCAGCUUGUAUGAGGUCGCACGUCUCAGCGGAGGCUCCAGCAUUAUCGAGAACCUGCAGUCUCAGCUCAAACUGCGUGAGGGAGAAAUCGCACAGCUUCAGAUAGAGAUCUCAAAUUUGGAGAGGACCCGCUCAGUAAUGGCUGAGGAACUGGUGCGACUGACCAAUCAGAAUGACGAAAUGGAGACCAAAGUAAAGGAGAUUCCCAGACUCAGAGUGCUGCUCAAGGAUCUGGAGCAGAGGCAUAACACCAUCCUGCAGAUGUACGGGGAGAAGGCGGAAGAGGCGGAGGAGCUCAGGCUGGACCUGGAGGACGUCAAGAACAUGUACAAGACUCAAAUCGACGAGCUGCUCAAAAACCAGAAAUAGACUCUUACUCAGUACUGGGAUCAGAACUACACGUGCAUUUACUGUAAGGACGAUUUACUUUCAGUGGUUGAGAGAUGUGCAAAAGACUCGUACUUCCAGGAGUUUACCUGGUGUUCCUUUAUCGCUGUAAUCUAAUGAUUAAUGAUCAGGUGUAUCAUCUAAGAACUAUUUAUGAGGCUUUAUGAGCUGAUGUGUUUAAUGUGAUCAGUAGUAGAAUUGAAAAAGGCAGUUUGGACCCUGAUUUUGUGCAGAUCCGUUUGCACCGUUAAGAUCGAAGAGAAAAUCUAACAGAAAUGUGUUCUCGAACUAUCCUGUCCAUAGAUCCUUUUUCUAUUUAAAUACUUUUAUCCUCCUGAAUUGAGUCACAUGAAUUAUGUGAUUAUUAUGGUAAGGAUUAGAUUUCUGAUUAGGGAUUCAUGUAAAUCGAGUAGAUUCGGGGUAAUGACGUCUGUGCUUGCACUACACUUUUCCUUCUGCGGUUACCUGGUGGUCUGGGAGUUACGAGAGCUUACGUUUGCACAGCAGCACUUCAUUAGACCUGGAGUUCAUGCCAUGUCAUGCCAGGAAUUCACAAAUCUUCCUUUAAACCAGCUGGUCUGCUAGUUGAAACUUCUGCUUGCUAUUUGGUCAGGCACGGCCACCUUGAACCUGACACUCAGGCAGGCAUUUUAUUGGGUACACCUACCGUAUGAGUGCACUUUUGUGCUUUUGCAAUUCGAAUAACUGUUUGUUUAACUGGAAUAUUCAGAUGGUAUAUUCAUAUAUACAGUAUUUCUCAGAAUUACUCAUCAAAAAAGUGGAAGGUUUAAUCAGUUUAAUGUACUGUGUCCAUUUCAAACAUAGACGUAAGGUUUUUUUUUACUUGAGGGUAAGGUUUUUGUCUACCCACUUAUGCAAAUUACGUAUGCAAUAUUUUAUACCAGUUGUUUUUAGUUUGCUUUAACAGAUAAAUAUAAAAGUGUGUGUAUUACUGCAUUACACAACCAAACGUGACAUUUCUAUUGCUUGGAAUGUAUUCGGUAUUUGAUCAUCCCUGCCUAAAACCAUCAAGAACAUCACCUCACACCUUAUUGCUGUCCAACAUCCAAAUAACUGGUCUGAAAAGUGCACCCAUAUACUUUGUGUACCAAAUAAAAUCUUAUCUUGAUGUCAUCCGAAGGUCUGUUAUUAAAAGAUGUUUUAGCUUCUGUGUAAAUGUGUAAAUAAAAUAAAUAAUAUUACCCUCUUGA